UCGAACACCUGUAUAUCAAAUACGAUACUGUUUUCGUGUCCCGCUCCGUGGCCGUCCCUGCCUUCUCUGGAUGUUGCUGUUCCUCAACGUAUGUCAAAACAUCUUGACUUUGCUAUUUCUCGCCCUUUUUUCAACCUCGCCUCCUCAACCUCUCCUCAACGAGCCAAGAAGAGAGACCGGUUUGCUGUUCAUUUCUAUCAGCGAAGUGCAUCUAUAUCUCCCAGUUGCUGCUUCCGUGUCACUUUUUCGUCUUUCCCUGUCUUUUGCUGUUUCUGCGGACUGUGUAUCUGUGUUAAGCUGUUUGCUCUUUGUUGUCAUUUCCUUUCCCCUUUACGGACGGCUCCAACUCCGUGGAUGGGUUGGCUGUUUGCUCAAAAUCAUGCCUUCUUCUAUUCUCAAAUGCACUAUCUGUCCUAAGAAGCCCAAUUUCAGUGAUGUUUCCCACCUCCUGACUCAUGUUAGCUCCAAGGGCCAUCUCUCCCACUACUUCAAGCUCCAAGUGAGAAGUCACCAAGAGCCUGAAGCCAGUGAAUCACUGGCUGUCUAUGACCAAUGGUAUAAAGAGCAUAACCUUGCAGGACUGCUCUCUGAACGCAUGCUCACUAAGGAAGCCAAAAAGAGCAAUUCAGAUUUUGCAGUUGUUGAAAGGGCUUCAUCCUUCGGCAGAUAUUCUAGAGUUAAGGAGUCUCGUCCAGCUGCCAAACCUCCCAAACAGCCGGCUAGAACUAGCCAUCUUCCCGACUAUUUAGACCCCCGGAUGUCUCUUCCAUACAUUGCCACUGACAACAGUCACACCCUCACCCAAGAGGCCCCAAGAAUCAGCAGUGCUACAAAUAACACCCCUAAACAAUCUCCUGCCCCUCGUGCACCGCUGUGGCCCAUAUGCCAAUCGAGAAUGUUGCUAUCCUCUGGGGUAGAAAAUGCAAUUGGCUGGAAGCCAGUAUCUGACUCCUCUACAUCCAAAGAGAUGAGUCCUGCCAGUCAAGGGAAGAAGUCCUUAGUUGAACAAGUUGAUAACCCUCAUACUGCUUCACUGCAUCGACCAAGACACCCAGUUACUCCUGACCCCUUUCUGGAUAAUGACUCACUGGAGUAUGUUGCUGAUGGUGAUGAUGGAGAAUCUCCCACAGGACAGGAAGAGGCCACACGGCUGAAAGGUAUUUUAUGGCCUGGUAUGGAUAUUUUUGAUUCAGCUACGGAACAAAUGAGGAAGAAAAGAAACCAGAAAAAAGAUGUCAGCAUUUUGAAACGGAUGGAAAAGACAUCUGAAAACAUCGAAGCAACAGAAUUGGUCUUCUCUCCAGGAGGAACACUGCGCCGGGAGCGUCCCAUCUCAGGAGAGGUUGAUGACACCAGCCCUCUCACUGGGGAAUCUCCUAUUCCCAAGCGAAUACCACGACCCCGACGACGCCCACUUGCGUCGUCAAGUAUGUUCAAUCUGAGAGGCCAACGGAGAAAGCCCACUAAAGCAGAUCAUCGCCGCCACACCGAUUCUCUGGCAGAGCUAUCCCGACAAGCGUUGGAUUGCUCUCCAACCAAUUAUCCCCUACAAUAUUUUGCUAACCAAUACGUCGAGGGAGAUGAGGCCUGCAAGUUGAUGUUUACUGACUAUGAGCGAAAGCCUCACCGUGGAUUCACAAUCUUUAAUGAUAGCAAAGAGGGGGUGCAAGCGGCCUUUAGGGAGGCUAUGUCCUGUGGAGAAGACAGUCCAACAAAUGCCAAGAAGAUUGGUCGCAACACCAAGCCCCCCCUUGGUACUUUUGUAGGAUCUCAAUCACUAUUUCGUCCAUCUGGUGGUUACAAGUUUCACUCAUCCAGAUCCUACACCCAAACCCAGCCUAGAGAUCUGCUGGAAUACACUGUUGGAAAAGAGAACAUUGAGCCUAUCAUGAAUUCCGAUGGACAUGUUGAUGCCCAUGGCAGCCAUGUCAACUGGCCUGAGCAGCAGACCACCGAAAAAGGCCAAUACUUGACCCAUUACUUUUACGGAUCUGGCACUCAGCAGAGCUUUGGCGCAUUUUCUGAGAAUGCUGCAUUCGGAUAUUCAUGCAACCCUUUGUCAUUCUCGUACUCACAGACCCAGCCUUGCGAUGGGCUGAGUGUUGCUACCCUCAGAUCUCAUGAUACAAUUGCAGCCCAUGAGAAAGCCAAAGAGAGCUGUGCAGCAUCGCCGGACGGAACAGUUUCAGAUGUUGAUCGAGAAGAAUACGGAAAUAUCUAUCUUGAUAACCCGUCACAGUGA